AUGCCAGUGAUCAACAUCGAAGACCUGACAGAGAAGGACAAGUUGAAGAUGGAAGUGGAUCAGCUCAAGAAGGAAGUGACACUGGAAAGAAUGCUGGUAUCCAAAUGCUGUGAAGAAGUAAGAGACUAUGUUGAAGAAAGAUCCGGGGAGGACCCGCUAGUCAAAGGUGUCCCCGAGGACAAAAAUCCCUUCAAGGAGCUCAAAGGAGGCUGUGUCAUUUCCUAA